GUCGUCUCACAUGGCUUCUUCUUCCUCAUUUACGUCUCGUAACUACAGCUACAAUGUCCUUGCGAGCUUCCACGGUCCUGACGUCCGUAAAACACUUCUCAGUCACAUACGUGAACAGUUCACCCACAGCGGGAUCACUAUGUUUGAUGAUCAGGAGAUUGUGAGAAGCGCAACCAUCGCCCCUUCUCUCACAAAAGCUAUAAGAGAAUCGAGGAUCUCGAUUGUCAUUCUCUCCAAGAACUAUGCUUCGUCAAGCUGGUGUUUAAAUGAACUGGUGGAGAUAUUGGAACGCAAGAAAGCUAUGGGGCAGAUAGUCAUGACCAUCUUCUAUGGAGUGGAUCCAUCCGAUGUACGGAAACAAACCGGGGAAUUCGGGAUCGCUUUCAAUGAAACUUGUGCAAGUAAGACGGACGAGGAAAGGCAGAAAUGGAGCAAAGCUUUGAACGAUGUGGGCAACAUUGCUGGAGAAGACUUCUUAAGAUGGUCAAAUGAAGCGAAAAUGAUCAAGAAAAUUGCCAGAAAUGUUUCAGAUAAACUGAAUGCUACACAGUCUAGGGAUUUUGAUGGCAUGGUUGGACUUGAACCUCAUUUGAGAGAAAUGGAGUCUUUGUUAGAUUUCGAUGAUGAUGGAGUUAAGGUGGUCGCAAUCUCUGGUCCUGCAGGCAUUGGUAAGACUACCAUUGCUAGAGCAGUACAUAGCUUGCACUCUUAUAGGUUCCAACUUACUUGUUUUGUUGACAACCUUAGGGGAAGCCAUCCCAUCAGUUUUGAUGAGUAUGGUUUGAAGUUGCGUUUACAAGAAGAGUUUCUUUCGAAUAUUUUGAAACAAGAUGGUAUUAGGAUAUGCCAUUUAGGUGUGAUAGAAGAAAGGCUACACGACCAGAGAGUUCUCGUCGUUCUUGAUGAUGUGAACAAUAUAAAACAAUUAGAGGCGUUGGCUGGAGAUAUUUCUUGGUUUGGUCCUGGAAGUAGGGUUGUGGUUACCACAGAAAACAAAGAUCUUCUGCAUCAACAUGGUAUCAACAAUACCUACCAUGUGGGGUUUCCAUCUACAGGAAAAGCUCUUGAGAUCCUGUGUGGAUAUGCUUUUAGAAAUAGCUAUCCACAUGAUGGUUUUCAAGAGCUUGCAUUAAAAGUAACUGACCUUUGUGGUAACCUUCCGCUGGGUCUACGUGUGGUGGGUUCAUCUUUACGCGGGAAGAAAGAGAACGAAUGGGAAGAUGUAAUGAAGAGGUUGGAAUCUGUUCUUGAUCGAGAUAUUGAGGAAGUACUAAGAGUGGGCUAUGAAAGUUUAGAUGAGAAUGAGCAAACGCUAUUUCUCCACAUUGCAGUAUUCUUCAACUAUGAAAACGGCAAUCUAGUGAAAACCAUGUUCGCUGAGAGUGACUUGGAUGUCAAAUACGGGUUAAAAGUCCUUGAAAACAGAUCUCUAAUAGAGUUAUAUAACAAGAAGGAAACAAUAAAUAUGCACAGAUUACUACAACAAGUGGGUAUAAAAGCCAUCCAUAAACAAGAGCCUUGGAAACGUCGGAUCCUGAUAGAUGCUGCGGAGAUACGUGAUGUUCUUGAACUCGCCAAAGGAACUAGAUUUGUCUCCGGUAUAUCAUUUGAUAUAUCUGAUAUCGAUGAGGUAUCUAUAAGCCAAAUAUCUUUUAAAAGAAUGCCAAAACUUCGAUUCCUCAGAGUAUACAAAAGCAAAGAAGGUGGGAAUGAUGUAAUUCAUAUACCUGAGGAGAUGGAGCUUCCGAGUCGUCUAAGAUUACUAGAGUGGAAGGCAUACCCAAACAAGUGUCUUCCUCCUACCUUUCAUCCUGAAUAUCUUGUGAAACUUGAUAUGCAAGGUAGCCAGCUAGAGUACCUCUGGCAAGGAACCCAGCCGCUUACAAAUCUCAAGGAGAUAGAUUUGCAGAGGUCUUUUCAGUUGAAUGAGCUCCCUGAUCUCUCAAAUGCUACAAAUCUUAAAGGAUUGUAUCUAAGUUAUUGCCAGAGCUUGGUAGAGCUUCCACCCUCUUGUUCAAGUCUCGAUAAACUAAAGGAUUUGUGGAUGGAUCACUGCAAAAACCUACAAGUCAUUCCAGCUCACAUGAAAUUGGCAUCUCUUAAACGUGUCAGUAUGAAAGGAUGCUCAAGACUGAGACAUAUUCCAUUUAUGUCAACCAACAUUAGGCAGAUGGAUAUAUCAGAGACGGCGGUUGAAGAUGUGCCUGCAUCAACCAGCAUUUGCGCUCGUCCUAUGGAUUACUCCAUGAUCGGCUGCCAAAAGCUUAAGGAAAUAACACAUCUCCCUCUAUAUGUAACUGAACUAGACCUAAGAAAAUCUUCUGUUGAAAAGAUUCCAGAUUGCAUCAAAGAUCUUCGUCUACUACUUAAGCUAAAGAUCUCUGGAUGCAGAAAACUAACGUCAGUGCCAGAGCUUCCUUCUCAGCUCAUGCUCCUAUCUGCAAACGAUUGUGAGUCACUCGAGGAAGUUGCUUCCCCUUUUCAAAACCCGAAUGCGAAUAUGUCUUUCACCAACUGCUUCAGAUUGCGACAACAAGCAAUUAUCCAACAAUGGUUCUGUCUCGGGUCUGCUUUCUUACCAGGAAGACAAGUACCUCCAGAGUUCGAUCACCGAGCCAGAGGAAGUUCCUUAACUAUUCCUGACUCUUCUUUCACCAGAUUUAAGGUUUGCCUCGUGCUCUUACCAAACCAGCAAAUCAAGGAAGGUAGAUCUUCACAACUGUUAUGUCGUCGCGUGGUCAACGGCGACUUGGCAAACUCUGAUGACAAGUCGUUCAACUUCAACCUAUCCAGAUGUCGAGCGGAACAUCUUUUUAUAUUUCCCUCUGGUUUGUUUGAAGAAGAUGAAGGCCUUCCUGAUGAAGUCCACAGAGAGAUAGUGUUCGAGUUCAGCAGCAAAUACAACGACUUCGACGUUGUUGAAUGUGGUGCCAAGUUCUUGACAGACGAAAACAGCUAUGAAUCUGAAUCAGACCAAGCAGCGACAACGAUAGCCUCGUUCAUGGGAGCUAUGAAUGUGGAUCCAACGCCAAUAAUAGCAUCAUUGAUGAGAUAUGAGUCCAUAAUGGCCGAACAGAGCAAUGAAAGAGCUACGGUCCAACUAUUCAUAGUGAAUGUGGAUAACCAACACACAACUAGUUGUUGCCGCAAUAUUUCCUCCCUAAUCAAUUCUGUAUAUUCUCGAAACUAA